CUGCGCUCUGCUCUCGUAUCUCAAUAAUCUCUCUGUUAAUUUAGUCUCGACGAUUUUAAUCAUUUAAUUAGAGUGAUGGACGGCUUCUUCUCCGACUCUGACGUGCUGACGAAAGUGGCGCUGUUCGCUCUGGUUCAGGCUCUCGUCUAUCUCAUCCUCUCCAAGUCUUCCACCAUUUUCUCCGACGACAGGGUGAGGAGAAGCCUCAGCUUCCGACCGGCACGCUCCGUCAGCGUCCGCCGCUGGCUGGCCUUGCUUUCCGACAUGCCUGCCGGCGGCGAGAUCUCACCGUUGGCGCCGAGGCCUCCUCGACGAGAGGAAUCGCUGUCGUCGUCCGACGACGUGAAGAAAUAUUGAUAAGAAAUUAAUAAACUUUUUCUUCGUAUAUGUAUUUGAUUUGUUGUUAAAAAUUUAUUUGUAUAAAAAAAUUCUCGUUAAAAUUUUUUUUA